CGUCCCUAAACAAACACAAAACAAAAUAUAAUAACAAAAACUACAUUAAAAAAUAAAAAUAAAAAAUGGCAUAUACAAGCAGCAGCUACGCACAACCAUCACACAUGGCGAACCCCAUGGCGAUGGGGAUAGUGGGUCCGAAAUUCUUGGCUCCAUAUCCAGUUGAUCUGACAAUUGUCAGGAAACUGAUGUCUCUUUCUGAUGGAAAUUUUGGAGUCACUGAUGUUAAUGGUAACAUCAUGUUUAAAGUCAAAGCCAAACAUUUAAGUCUUCGUGAUCGCCGUGUUUUGCUUGAUGCUUCCGGUAUUCCCGUCUUGUCCUUUCAAAAAAAGCUGAUCAGUCUUCACAAUAGAUGGGUAGUGUUUAGGGGAGAUAGCUCGGAUUCAAAAGAUAUAAUCUUCAGUGCCAAACAAUCUUCUCUGGUCCAAUUCAAGACUUCCCUUGAUGUGUUCUUGGGGAAUAAUGAACAUGGAAACUGUGACUUUAAAGUCAAAGGCAGCUGGUUUGAUCGAUCUUGCACCAUUUAUGCAGGAGAUGGCAGAACCAUCGUUGCGCAGAUGCACAAGAAACACACCGUUCAAAGCAUUGCACUCGGAAAAGACACAUUUGCUGUGACGGUGUAUCCCAAUGUUGACUAUGCUUUCAUCGUUGCACUUGUAGUGAUCCUCCACGAAAUCAACGAAGAGAAGAAUGAUGUAGAAUAGAUCUGCUCGAUAACACUUGAUGUUUAAAAAACCAUACUUUUGCUUGAUUAGUGUGUUUUUGUAUCAUUAUAUUUUUGAAGAUUUUAAAUUUGCAA